CUAGGUCCUCCGGCGCGUGCCUUUUUGCGUCGAUGAAGAUCUUGAUCUUGAAUGUGGUACAGCAUGACUGGGUCCUCUGGAGAACUACGUAGAACACAAUAAAUGAUGGCCAGCACGCGCAGCGACUUCAAGAAUUCCCUUUCGAAGACUGUCUGGCACUAUCGAACACGCGGGCUACAGCGCUCCACUAGCACAGAGGGAAUUCGUGGUUGGAAAAUAAUGACGUGGAGACAUGUGGUAUGGAGAGAAAAAAGUUUGUCACAGUCACUAACUUGCAGGUUUUGUAUUACAAAUUUUCUCAGCAUCACAAACUUUCCUUGUAUUGCAGAAACACUAGGGAAAUCCCUAAUGAAGUUUGGCUGUGAUGCAUUUUUACGCAUGACAAGCAAUUUUGUAUUGCAAGAAUGUGCAUGAGUGAUCGUGACGAACUUUUUUUCUUUGAUAUGUGGCCCUGCUGCAAUUUUGGUCCACUCUACUUCCUCCACUUGUCGAGCCAGCUGCUCUAUCAAAUGUAAAAAUGUCUGGGUCUGGAAACUUGUAAUGCUAAAAGUGAAUGAGAGUUCCACUGCAAUACGGAGCCAAGCAUGACAAAUUUUUGGGCUCCUAUGUGUUGCGUGUUCCGCAUGGCAAACUGCGUUUUUGCAUGACACGUAAGAGGACAGCUUCGUGCCCAUGCAUGACAGAUUCUUGAGUCAUGUCAGACAUGCAUGACAAAUGUAGCAAUCUUCCAGACCCAGACACUUUUGCAUUUGAUAUGCUCCACCUCGUGACGCGAACGUCAUCGAUAUAAUCGUGGAAGAUGUCGAUCCAAAAACGCUUCCGACCUCCUCGGAUGCAAAUCCAGUGUGCUUUUUAUCAAAUGUAAAAAUGUCUGGGUCUGGAAACUUGUGAUGCUGGGUGGCGCAUCAUGAUGAGGCUCCAAAUGCUGGCUCAGCAUAACAAGUUUCUGAGCUCCUCGGUGUCGCCUAUUCCGCAUGACAAACUGCGCUUCUGCAUCACAGAAAAACGGAGCUCUUGGGUAACGUGCAUGACAGAUUUAACAGUCAUGCCAGACAAGCAUGACAAACAUGAAUUCUUCCAGACCCAGACAUUUUUACAUUUGAUACUUUUCACCCGAUGACGAAACCUUCUCCCCAUUAUGCACUGCAAAUAUGUCUGGGUCUGGAAGGUUGCAACUUGUAAUGCUCAGGCUGGAUCAUGCAAAAAUCUGUGUUGCAUGAAUGCCAAGAGUUGUCCACUUUUGACGAAGUUGAGAGGAAGUCUCUCACGCAGGAUAGGCAUGAUAGGGAUCUUCCCACAGAAUCUGUCAUGCUAGGUCCUGCAUUCCAGACGACAUGGAUCAUGGAAAAUCUGCAUGGCAAGUCUCGUAAUUUUCCAGACCACCCAGCCAUAUUUGCAUUUGAUACCCAUCGGUGUGUUGCAAUCAGACGUUCCCGGUAUCUUCCAAGACCUCGGGAAGAGAGCACCAAUCCGACUUGUCACAGCAGUCUCAGUCUGCUCCGCCACGUGACGACGUCGUGUCGUCGCAGCGCCAGCGCCGUCGACCUUGCUGGAGCUAUCCCCUGGACGAAAAAACGUGCUGUGUGCCUUCUCGGGAGAAAACAGGUGACGAAGAAAAGGAUGGCCAGAGGGCGCACUGCUUCGACGGCUCCUUGGUCACGCGUGCCCGGUGCUGUGCGCAAGCGACUGAAAUAAGUAGAAGCAUUCGAGAUGAUGCUAUUACAAAUCAUGAAGCCACCAGUGGUAGUGGAACGCAAUUUCAAGAUGCUUUGGCAAAGGCAAUGGACGAGCAAGAAGCUGCUCCGGAAAUAAACGUCGAGAAGAGUGAAGGCCUAGAAGAUCAGCGCGACCAUGGUGUCGAGGUAAACGCAGUUCCAGAGUGGCUCCGCGCAGGUAUCCGGCCUGUGAUGCUCAACAUUUUCGGCAAAAACGAACCAAAUCCUCAUGCCCUUCAGCUCCUGUCCGACAACGCUCUCACGGAGACAGUACAGCGUGGGUUAUGGAGUGCACAUCUGGAGAUGCUGCGCGGAGUGUUCGGCGAAAUUCUGGUGCAGUGGAAUGCAGUAUCUUCAUCAAAUACGACCACGGAAGAUCUUACUCGGGGUGCGCGCGGCUCGUCAGCGACAACAUCUACUGAUCGCACUCACGCUCCUCCAGCCGACCACGAACAGAGGCGAUCGGAACAAAACGAGGAGCAAGCGGUCGACGGAGUGGAAGAAUACGAAGGAAGGGCAACCGAGCUUGCACUACAGGAACACUUUUUUGGCGACGACCAUUUUUUUGCCUUGAGCUUCCUGUUUGGCCCCAAGGGCGUCGAGCGCACGAUUCCGCGCGGAGGGGACGAGAUGUUCAAGGCCGUACUUCUGCUUAGGCGGCUGGCGAAGCGCAAGGCUGCAGCUGCUCUUCAAGAGGCGACCGACAAAAAGCUCAAGGAUGCAUUCGGGGAUGAGGACGACAAGGAAACUCAUCCGUUACUUGUAGCGACACCUUUGGAAUAUAACUUUUGGACCUCGGAUCUGAAAAGUUCUAGCGGUUCCGAGUCUCUCCGGAGUCUUUUCGCCGCUGAUGAAGCGGAUGACGUCGUAUCAUCAGACGAAAAGGGGCGGGGCGUGCGAAGCAGGAACCAGCUUCCCAAUACUCACGAGAAACGAGACGAAAGAAUGAAAGGGUGGACUUUACCGCUGGACCGCGUCAAUCCAGAAGAGUAUGAGCGGAGCCCGCUCUUCGUUUACGAGAAGUUACAAAAAUGCAGUCGCCACUUUGGAUGGGCCUUGGUCGAGAUCAAGUUUCGGAUAGCAGACUUCUUUUUCCAUCACAUUCUGCGAAUCAAAGCAGCGCUCGAGCUCGGAGAUCUUCAACGAAGUAAGAACGACACCGCGUCCGGCUUGAAAAACGCAGCGCACACAACGAGAACGUUGCUGAGUGAAGGAGCACCAGCGCGCUUCUUGCGCAAGAUGUGGGCCUCCUCGCAGGGUCCCCGUGCGCCUGUGCGCGGCGAAGACGCUGACACACACGUCGUCUGCCUCCCCGUCGGGUUUCUGUCUACGAUGACGUCUGCAGACCAGGAUCUUGAUCAGCGGGGCCUUUUUGCGAUGUUCCGACUAUACAUUUUGCCACUAUGGCUGUUCUGGCAGCGCGAUAGUGUACAGGAAAAGUUCUUGCGCUGGUUUCGAAGUUUCACCGUGCGGCUUGAGAAGGCAGAGCACGAGCUUCACAUCGACGCGUCACUCAGUAUUGGUCGAGCAUCUCGCGGAGCAUCAACGCCACCUAUCGCGCGCGCCGUGUUGCAGUCGCUUCCAGGCACUACAAAAAAAGACGGGCACAAAUCGAGCUAUUCCCAUUUCAUUGCCCGGCUAGCAGAGAAAGACGCUACUGCAGAAGAUGUUGCGGGUCAGGUGACGACGACGGUGCUCGAAUUUGUGGACGUACGACUUUUGCGAAUGACGAGCUUGCGAGCCUACGAUCUCUACCAACAGGCGUUGACGCGACAGUGGAUCGAGAAGCAAGAGCAGAUGCAGAAGGGUCACGCACAUACAAAAUCCAUGUUGCCCUCGUCAGAUGACGCUCUUCCACCGACCACAAAUGCUUCGCCGCGGAACGACGAGAAAAAUAGUGCUGGCCGAAGAUUUACGAGUACUGCCAACGACGAAAGCAGGACGAGAGCACAUGUGCCGCCACCUCACAGCAAUGACAGGAGUACGUCAUCGCUUUCGGUUGCCGUAUGCAUCUCAGGGGGUGUGAGGGGAUUCACGCAAAAGCCAGUGUAUGAAAGUAUCCGCAACGCACUGACAAGUUUAAAGGCGAAAAAGGUGCGGGUUUUCUAUCAAUUUGACUUGUCUCGGGUUACGAAGCUGGGCAUUGGUGAUCAUUUCGACAUCAGGCAUCACAGCUCGAGCAGCGAGCAGAAGCAGGAGCAGCUCCGCGACCAGAUCAAUAACAGGGAGCAGGAGGAUCUGCGUCGUGCGAUACGUGCUGUGGAAGAGGAGCUCCAUGGCGGGGACGAGCGAAAUUCUGGAGCAAUGACUGCCGACGUCAAAACGGCCUCGGUCGAGGCGCUUUCUUCCUCGUCGUGGACGGCAGCCGCCUUUCAGCAAAUCGACCACGACACAAAAAGCAAAUGUCUCUCUGACCAAGUUACUUGUCCAAUCAUGGGGCUGCAGCGAGAUUUCUGCAGGCGCAGCAUUCACGAAUACGAGCGGCAAGUAGAAGAUGUCAGCAGCGGUUCGACUAGUGUUUCUGCUGUGAACGAGAUGGAAACGAAAAUAACUGAUACUGAAGCAACAGGACUAGAGCUUUUCCGUAGAAGCGAAUUCGAUUGGGUGCUUUUCACACGCCCCGACCUCUUCCUGCAGCCUCUUGGCGACUUGCGCCGCUUUGACCCGGCCUUCAUUCAUGCUCCGACCAACACACUUUGGGGGUGUAUCAGCUGCAAGCUCGCACUAGUGCCGAGAAAGUUUCUCGACCUGUACGUAGAUUCCUAUCGUCUUGGUGGGGAUCAGCGAAACGCAUUCGCAUGCUAUCCGCGAAAAUCGGAGACCGUCACGGAGACUUUUGCCGGACAGCGAGGAACAGAUUGUGGCUGUACACUGUGGAAGGCCCUGCGCACCUGCAAGGCUGCCGGGCGGGAGCAACUACUCAGCAAAAGCACCUCGUCGAUGUCGAAGGACCGCGAGCACGAACAGGAUUACACUUGGCAGACGCUGAAACAAGCGGAGGCAACGCGAACUCAUUUUGCAAAAAACCUAAAUAGCGAACCGACAGGGCCAGCAGCCGCGCUUCUGUCGGACGAGUUGCAGACGGUGUGCGGAAACCCUGACGCAAUCAAGGUGCCAAAGUAUAGAUCACCUGUAGCAGACGAUGCAGAGGAGAAGGAGCUGCAGACUUCCGCGUCUAUCCUCGACCCGCCGCUCUUGAUGCCGGUCGAGCAAGCGAUGACGGCAACUGUCACUCGAGGAGGGCUAUGGCGUCCUGACUGGGAUGCUAAUAUGGCGUGGUUUCGCUAGCGUAUCAGGGGAGGUUGGUCUUCGGCGUUCGUCUAGAACGACGUCGACGCCGUAUACCUGGAAAGUUGUGAGCUUAGGCCUCAGUCAGGGUCUCCACUUUCAGGGCGAGAUCUCGCAAAUCGCAGGUCUGCGCGACAUUGUUCUUCAUGCAUGAUAUUGUUCUUUAUCUUUCUGUAUGACCAAUAAACAAACUCCUGCUUCGCAGCUCCUAACAAU